AGACGUAGUAUUCGUCGACAUCGAUUCUGGUCGAGUGUGUUUCACGUGGUACAGCGUUCCUAGAAUUUGCAUUCUCGUAAACAACUUGCGAGGAAAAACUGUGUAAGAACUUUCUUUGACGGUGACGUCAAAGAAAUUUAGUUCCUUUUUUUUUUAGACUGAACAAGAAGCGAUAGUGUUCCGCGUGUAAUACAGUGUAUUUAAAAUCUGCAUUCGUGUAAACAAAUUUUGAAGUCGAGUGAUUAAAUAAAAAAAUCGAUUUUAAUUUUCUUUCAUUCAGUAGAAAUUAAGAGUGUUACGCUGUAAGUUUGAGGAAGAAAGAGAAACGUGGAAGAUGUUAAACAGAGAUCGCCACAGGAGGACCCUGUGAGAGUGCGCAGGAUCGCGGAGGGGAAAGGAGGAUCGACGAAAGUUAGUCGGAGUAAGAGGGAAGUCAGGGUGGAAGGAGAGGGUGAUCGUUGGAUUGCGCACACGCGCGGGAUUUCCCGGGAAUCGGGUUUUUCCGGGUCUGCGACACGGUUUUCCCUCGUUCGGCUCACUCGAGCGUCCGACGCGCGACACGGCAACAGGUGACCACCGACAUCCUUCAGGAGCAGCAGAACGAUCCAGUGCCCGAAGGAUUCACGAGUAAGAGUGAAGACCGGCUUCGCGCGCCACCGAAUUCGAAGUCGUGUUCGUGGUUCGAGUGGAAGGCUGACGGAUUCGAGGAAGGAAAAUGAGCGUCGAGGACGCCAUCAACUAUAAACCCAGCGAGGAGGAGGAUUACUAUGCUCUUCUGUCGUGCGACGAGUCCGCGACGGUAGAACAAAUAACGGCAGAAUACAAGGUCCUAGCUCUUCAAUACCACCCCGACAAAAACGAAGGCGACAAGGACGCUGAAAGGAAAUUUCAGCAGCUGAAGCACGCGAAAGAGGUUCUCUGCGACCCUGAGCAAAGAAGCAACUACGAUAAAUGGAGGCGUAGCGGCAUCGCUAUCAGCUACAAGCAGUGGCUUGGAAUGAAGGAUCACGUGCACCAAUCGAUGCACUGGAGUAUACCGAAGACGAAGGAUCGCAUGCUGCAGGACACUUCCGGCGAGGCGGCAGGUUCACCGGGUCACGGAAAAAUGCAAGCACCGAACGCUCACAGAAGAGCUUCGGAAGGUGGCGCGAACAUCUAUUACGGUGCUCGCAGUGACCUUGGCUGGGACUCCGAGGCACCCAGCGAGAUCGUCAACAAGUUUCGUAAUUACGAAAUCUAAGAAGUGACCCGAGUGUCAUCAGGGUCUGCAUCGACUGGACCAAGUCGCUCGAUCUCUGUGUUUACCUUCAAGCAUAUCGAACGGGAAUACGAGAAACAGCCUGCAUUAAUGAUACACCGUCUCUAUGUGAACUGAUCGUUUUUGUCCAACCGAGAAUGUGGAUGAUAGCGGAUGAUAGCGUUUUGCUAUGAGAGUUUCGGAAAGACUGGUGAUUUCGAAGAUUCUCUUAUCCUUGUUUUGAUAGCUGUCUUUUUAUAACAGUCUUCAUAAACACUUAGAAGUUGAAGUAUAUGAAUCAAGGAGGAUGAUGAAGGUCGGUUUGGGUCCUCUUGUGAAGAAAAAUAUUUUUGCUGGACGUUUAAGAACAUCUUUUAAGAACAUCGUUUAAGAAAAUCAUAAAAUUGAAGUCAAACAUGAAGCAAUGAAUUCGAGCAACAAAAGAUGUUAGCAUCUAUAUGAAGUCUGUUAAAAAAAUCAUAAAAUUGAAGUCAAACAUGAAACAAUGACUUCGAGCAACAAAAGAUGUUAGCAUCUAUAUGAAGUCUGUUAAAAAAAUCAUAAAAUUGAAGUCAAAUAUGAAGGGAUGAAUUCGAGCAACAAAAGAUGUCAGCAUCUAUAUGAAGUCUGUUAAAAAAAUCAUAAAAUUGAAGUUAAACAUGAAGCAAUGAAUUCGAGCAACAAAAGAUGUUAGCAUCUAUAUGAGGUCUGUUAAAAAAAUUAUAAAAUUGAAGUCAGACAUGAGGCAUUGAAUUCGAGCAACAAAAGAUGUCAGCAUCUACUUGCGAUGUGUUAAAAAAAUCAUAAAAUUGAAGUCAAACAUGAAGCAAUAAAUUCGAGCAACAAAAAAUGUCAGCAUCUACUUGAGAUAUGUUAAAAAAAUCAUAAAAUUAAAGUCAGACAUGAAGCAAUGAAUUCGAGCAACAAAAGAUGUCAGCAUCUGUAUGAAGUCUGUUAAAAAAAUCAUAAAAUUGAAGUCAGACAUGAAGCAUUGAAUUCAGACUAUAAUAUAUGUAUAUAUGGAGUAACCAUUUAUCUGGACCUCCAUAAUAAUUAUUCAGAGAGUCUGAUAAUAAACCAAUCAAAAUUUAAAACCGAGUUUGAAGUACUACUAACAUUUUGGUUAAGCUAGAAAUAUCCGUAAACUACUUUGAAGAAUUCCUUAGAGAUGUUCUCAAAUGUCUUUCAAGAAUUUUAAUUCGUAAACAGGAGGAGCUAUGACCACUUUUAACAUCCCCUUUUUAGAAACAAUCUAUAUAUAAUUUAACGUGUGAAUAAUUAAAAUCCGACCACUUAAAAGUACUCUCACUUGCAAACCUUGAUUAUGCCGAAAUCUUCAACUGUAGUGAAAUUUCCUAACCUCCUAAUUUGCUAACUUAUUCUUCAAAACGAGAAUUAUCGAAAUAACUGAUAUAAUAGAUGACGAAGGUAAAAGUUCGAAAGGAAGGUAGAAAGAAAAUGGUCGACGCGGAAAUGAAUAUUACAAAGAUGGAGGGAAGAAAUACGAGGAGUUACGAUGUUCCUGACGAUCCCGGUUUCGAUGGAAGGAGGUAACGGGAUAACUCGUUUAAAGUUCGAAACGAGAAACGAGGUCGGAAGGACGCUGUUCCCGUUUUCAAUUUUCCAUCAAUCGUCCUGGAGAAUGCAAUGGAAACAAGGUCGACGGUUCACGAGAAGAUUUGUCGGAAAUUUUUGAGGAACGCUUGCACGAUCGGUUGGACGGUGUUCCGAUAUCGUGACGAGAGAAGCCGAUUCCGCGAAGGGAUCCAAAUGUAAGGGAAUAACUAGUUGUUUCUACUAUACCGUUACUCGAAACAGAAUACUUAAGUGGUUCGGUGUAAGAAUGUUCUUCGUUAAAUGUCGACGUAUUUUUAGGAAUCGUAUACGUUUUAAGCGACUUUCGUACGCCGUUGAGAAUCAUUUUCGGGUCAGCUCUCGUUACAUGACCCAACACGAAAAUCAUAAAAUGGAACAAUAUUUUGCUUCGAGUGGUUGGUAAAAUUCUGUCAAUGAACGUUUAUAAACCUAAAAAUUUCUAAAUACGUAAAUUGUUAAAUUUGAAGCUAAAUAUUUCAAGAAUUUGAAAACUCUAAAAGUAAAGAAGAAACUCGCGAAAUAUGUCACAAAGAGAUUUGAUAUCAAAGAGAGAUUUUUAUCAAAGAAAACUAUUUCCAAAACAUCUCUUUCUGUUCUACAUUUUGUAAACACGAAACGAACACUACAUAAAAAGGAAAAUUUUUGCGAUCGAACAUAUACCACUUAAGUAAUUCUCGCAUUGUCGAGUAGCUAGAAAAAAAGUAACUCGUUGUUUCUACAUUGAGUACUUUUCAGUGGUACGUUUAAACGGUUUACGUGUCGCGUGGUUUUCAUUGUUAAAGAUAUCGAAGAGGAGACGCGUUUUCGAUGAAAAUAGUUACACGGGAUACCGGAGGAACAAGAUAAACCGUUUAAGCGCAGAUGUUCCACUGUUGAGCAAAUCGAUGACGGCGCACUUGUACCUGUGUCAAACGCGAAGUGUAUAUCGUUUUUUCUCAACGAUACUUGAAUGUUUGAAACCUCAAAACGUAGCCUCAUAGAUUUCGUAUUCAUCCUUUUUCUACAUUAUCCGUCCAUUUUGCUCGCUGACACUCAACUUCACUCGAUGAGCUUUUUUUGGUUCACAGAAUUUAGAAUACGUUUGCUAAUUGUAUUUUCAAAUUUUAGGGUCCCAAAUUUUCCGAUUACAAGUUUCUACAUUUCCCAAAUUUUCAAAUUGUU